AUGCGGGCGAGCGCGUGAGGAGCGUGUGAGGAGCCACCGCUCCUCUUGGAUCAGAGCGAGCGCGGGCGGCCGGGCGGGCUGGUUCCGCCGCGGCCGCGAGUUGUUUGCGACGCGGGGACGCCGCUCUCUGUCCCCCAUUCCCUCAGCGCCGACCCUCACCCCGAAGCCAAUAUUCCCGAAAUCAAGAGAUACGCGGCGGCGGCGGCGGCGGCCGGAGCCGCGGGGCCCAUGGCGGCGGCGGCGGCGGCGGCGGCCGGGGGGGACCGCGGCGAGGUCGCCGCCGUCGCCAUGGAGGCGCUGGGACCAGGGCCGCCAGCCACUCUUUUCCAGCCGCCGCGUCGGCCUGGCCUGGGAACAGUUGGGAAACCAAUCCGUCUCUUAGCCAAUCAUUUCCAAGUACAGAUUCCUAAAAUUGAUGUUUAUCAUUAUGAUGUGGAUAUCAAACCAGAAAAACGUCCCCGGAGAGUGAACAGGGAGGUAGUAGAUACCAUGGUGAGACACUUCAAGAUGCAAAUAUUUGGGGAUCGACAGCCUGGCUACGAUGGCAAAAGAAAUAUGUACACUGCACAUCCUCUACCUAUUGGAAGGGACAGGGUGGAUAUGGAGGUCACACUCCCUGGUGAAGGGAAGGACCAGACCUUUAAAGUGUCAGUUCAGUGGGUGUCUGUAGUCAGCCUUCAGCUGCUCCUGGAAGCUUUGGCAGGGCAUCUGAACGAAGUCCCAGAAGACUCUGUGCAGGCGCUAGAUGUCAUCACACGGCAUCUUCCCUCUAUGAGGUACACCCCAGUGGGGCGUUCCUUCUUCUCUCCCCCUGAAGGAUACUAUCACCCCCUGGGAGGAGGUCGGGAGGUCUGGUUUGGCUUCCAUCAGUCUGUCAGGCCUGCCAUGUGGAACAUGAUGCUCAAUAUAGAUGUAUCAGCAACUGCUUUCUACCGUGCUCAGCCUAUUAUUGAAUUCAUGUGCGAGGUCUUGGAUAUUCAGAACAUCAACGAACAAACAAAACCCCUUACAGAUUCCCAACGUGUUAAAUUUACCAAAGAAAUCAGAGGUCUAAAAGUGGAGGUGACUCACUGUGGUCAGAUGAAAAGAAAAUACAGAGUUUGCAAUGUUACUCGACGACCUGCUAGCCAUCAAACGUUCCCUCUGCAGUUGGAAAAUGGGCAGGCUAUGGAGUGUACAGUAGCUCAGUAUUUUAAGCAGAAGUACAGUCUACAACUGAAAUACCCACAUCUUCCAUGCCUCCAAGUAGGGCAGGAGCAGAAACAUACAUACCUACCCCUUGAGGUGUGUAAUAUAGUUGCUGGCCAGCGUUGUAUUAAGAAGCUAACAGACAAUCAGACAUCAACCAUGAUCAAAGCAACAGCACGAUCUGCGCCUGACAGGCAGGAAGAAAUUAGCAGACUAGUCAAGAGUAACAGUAUGGUUGGUGGCCCUGAUCCGUAUCUGAAGGAGUUUGGUAUUGUUGUCCAUAAUGAAAUGACAGAGCUGACAGGCAGGGUAUUACCCGCACCAAUGUUGCAGUACGGAGGCAGGAACAAGACCGUCGCUACACCAAAUCAGGGUGUCUGGGAUAUGAGAGGAAAACAGUUCUACGCUGGCAUUGAAAUUAAAGUGUGGGCUGUUGCCUGCUUUGCUCCUCAGAAACAAUGUCGGGAAGAUUUGUUGAAGAGUUUUACAGACCAGCUGCGCAAGAUCUCUAAGGAUGCAGGGAUGCCAAUCCAGGGCCAGCCGUGCUUCUGUAAAUACGCCCAGGGUGCAGACAGUGUGGAGCCUAUGUUCAAACACCUGAAAUUGACAUACGUGGGGCUGCAGCUAAUUGUAGUGAUUCUUCCAGGAAAGACACCUGUCUAUGCUGAAGUUAAACGAGUCGGGGAUACUCUCCUGGGCAUGGCCACCCAGUGUGUACAGGUGAAAAAUGUGGUGAAAACAUCUCCCCAAACUCUGUCCAAUCUUUGUCUGAAGAUCAAUGCAAAACUUGGUGGAAUAAACAAUGUGCUUGUACCACAUCAAAGACCCUCAGUAUUCCAGCAACCCGUGAUUUUUCUGGGAGCAGACGUCACCCACCCGCCUGCCGGAGACGGGAAGAAACCUUCCAUUGCAGCAGUAGUGGGAAGCAUGGAUGGCCAUCCUAGCCGCUACUGCGCCACAGUGCGGGUGCAAACGUCCCGUCAAGAGACAUCACAAGAGCUGCUGUACAGCCAGGAGGUGAUCCAGGACCUGACCAAUAUGGUGCGAGAACUGUUGAUCCAGUUCUACAAGUCCACUCGCUUCAAGCCCACGCGGAUCAUUUACUAUAGGGGAGGUGUAUCAGAAGGGCAAAUGAAACAGGUGGCUUGGCCAGAGCUUAUUGCAAUCCGGAAGGCCUGUAUCAGUUUAGAAGAAGACUACAGACCAGGAAUCACCUACAUUGUUGUGCAGAAAAGGCAUCACACAAGACUUUUUUGUGCUGACAAAACUGAAAGGGUGGGGAAAAGUGGAAAUGUUCCAGCAGGCACUACCGUGGAUAGCACCAUCACCCAUCCGUCUGAAUUCGACUUUUACCUCUGUAGCCAUGCAGGAAUUCAGGGAACCAGCCGCCCUUCUCACUAUCAAGUCUUGUGGGACGACAACUGUUUCACUGCAGACGAGCUGCAGCUACUGACGUACCAGCUGUGUCACACUUACGUUCGGUGCACACGGUCUGUCUCUAUCCCUGCUCCUGCAUACUAUGCCAGGCUAGUAGCCUUUAGAGCAAGAUACCAUCUUGUGGACAAAGACCAUGACAGCGCUGAAGGCAGCCACGUUUCAGGACAGAGCAAUGGCCGUGACCCUCAGGCACUAGCCAAGGCAGUGCAGAUCCACCACGACACCCAGCACACCAUGUAUUUUGCCUGAUAAGACUCUGCAGCGACGUGGCCAGCGUGGCCUAGCUGGGCAGGCCACCAACCAUCAAUAGUCAGGGCUCGUUUUUAAUUCAGGCUGCCACCCACCAGCGGCUUGGGACAGGUGCGCUGAAUCAGUACCUGCAGCCAACAUCUUGUGCAGGCACAGUUGAGCCAUUUUUAUUUUACUCCUUUCCGUAAACAGAAAUUUCAUAAACAGUCUUUGCAUUGGACUGAAUUUUUACCUCAAAACGCAAAAGGCUGAUCCUCUUAAAAAUUUUUAAAGGACUUGGCACGAAAGGUUUUUAUUGAAAUAUUUUGCUAAUCAAUUAAUUUACGUUACCUCUUCAUCCCACGUUAAGCUUACCAAGAAGCUGAAUUUCUGCUGGGCUUUGACAUACUGCUUAGUGAGUCUCCAGAUACGGCAAAACGAGAUUCCGCCGUUUUUUCUGUCUGGAGCCGCAUAGACUUGAUCGAUGAAUUUUUGGUGUGAAACACCUUUCAGCAAACAUGAAUUUUCGGAGGUAUUGCUGUUUCUUUGGUUCUGUUUUUUAAUUUUUCGCUUUGUCGAGUUUUGCUGGUUCUCUUUUUGUAAAUCUCUCUGCAGUCCUGGGCUGCAAAGCAAUUGCACUAUAACUGCGAAUUCAGCCUGGUGGUACUUCUGUGAAUGCGCAACGUGAGCAGAGAGUAAUCCCCUUAGGCAGGUCUAAUACAAUGUAAUUAUCAUGGUUACAACUGCCACCGUUCGAUUCAAAAUGCUGAACUGCUUCCCCUUCUAAAAAUAGGUAACCAGGUUCUAAACAAUUAGUUUUAGUAUUUUUCAAACAUCACAAAAAGUGCCCAUUUUAUGCUGCUAUGUUUGACAAAUUGAAGUCAUUUUUAAUACUCUUUUUCAUAGAAGGUUUUAACUUUGGCAAUAAUUUUUUUUAAAUAACCUGGCAGUAGCUUUUCUAGUCAGAAUCCAUUCUUAGGUAGAUUGACUUAUCUUUGCUGAAGAGAAAAUUAGUUACUAAAAAUGGAUCAGAAGAGGCUCCCUUCAUGCUUUUUACAAAUGAUUAUUUUUAACUGUUUUAUAGUCACCAUUGGUCUGUCUACCCCUUUUUAUAAGCUUGGAAAGUGGGUGUUGUGUAUAGAAAAGGCUUUGCCAAUUUGUACAGUUGUGUAUAGUGUGACAGUAGCAAUCAAAGACUUUUACCAGCAAUUUAAAUCCUGUUUUCUUUGACAAUUUAGGUUUCUUGCAUGUACAGCAACCCUCAGUAGCAUGUGUGAAGUGUGAACUGUGAUGUUGAUCUUGACCCUCUCCGAGUAGGAUUCUUACUUGCUGGGCUCUCUUCCGCUGAAACGUGUAAUACCAAAACUAGGAUGGGAGGGGGAUGUGCAGACAAUAGCAGUGCUGUGUCGAGACUGGCUUGUGAGUGGUAGCACACAAUGCUUUAAAUUCCUAGUUUUUGGCCGAGUUGAUAGGGCACCACUGUGAAAGACUGGGAUUUUGCCAAUGGUUGCACUGUAGUCUUCAAAUGGAGCGGUGGUGCCGCUGCGUCACGUGACCUUGUGAGCUUUUGGAUCCAGACUUGCGAGUUGGCAAUACGAUACGCCGUUUGGAUUUUCCUUCAGUCGCUUGAAAUAGAGCUUCUAGUAACUUGGAAAAGACACCUUUCCAAGGACACUAUUCAGUUGUGUCAGAGUACACUGAAGUUAGUCUUCAAAAAAUAGUUUUAUAAGCUUCUUCCAGAGCUGUGUGUGUGUCUGUGGGGAAGGGCCCGUGAAGUGUUUGUCCCCAUUCAGAAAAAGAAGUGAAGCAGCUCAGUUCUGACACCCAGAACUGAGAGACAUUAGAUUUCUUAAGUCUAGGUAAGUCUUUUUUUCUUUUUUUCUUUUCCUUGAGAAUACCUCACUUGGGCAAUCAGUAUCAGGACACACAGGGAGGGAGAGUGGCCACUGCUUUAGUUAGUCUGCUGCUUUUUUAAUGUUUGUUCAGGGAGAAAAUGCAAGAAUUUAACUCCUGCUGACCCAAACAAAUGGAGAACUGAGGCACCUUGAAAAGAGUUUAAGCACCUGUUUAGUGUGUAGCAUUUUUUUUUAUUGCACUAGGUAAGGACAUGGUUUGAGAGAGAGAAAUAAGAAAAAUGGACAUUGUACCAUCUGGGUACGCAGGUGGCUGCCCUGGCACCUAGUGCAGGUGGAGACGAGGAAUGGGCAUACCCACCUGUCUGCAGUUGAGACCUCUUUCCAAAUCCCAGCCAGGUGACCUGAAAAACCAGCUUUCCAAAAUGCUUGUUUACCUUUGGCUCCCCUUCUGCAACAAAAGCUGCUUUUGCUGCCACAUCCAGACCAGGAUUGCGUGGGAUGGCCUGGGCAGGGGUUAAACCUCUCGUCCUGUCGUUUGCUGGCAAAGCAGAUUUUAGCAGCAAGCUGGGAUUCCCCAUCGCCACCCAAGAUAGUAACGAAAAGGAGCGAUUGGGUGUAGACAUGCAUUUUUAAAUGCUGGGUUAAUCUUAGUUGUAGGCGAGCCCAAACUGUGAAGACAGGAAGCUUAACUGAUCUGGGAAGACUUUUCUGGUUGACUCGUUAUAAAAUAAGGCUGGCGCUAUGUGAAAUGUUUUUGUUUUUGUUCUUUUUAAUUUCUAUCAUAGGAAAAAAAAACAAACAGAUUUUGAUCAUACUUUUCUUGUGUAUUACAGACCACAGCUCAUAGCUGUCCUUUGAAAUCAUCUGUAUUUAAGAGAGAGAUAUAAGCAGGAUUCUUUUAGUGCAUUAUUAUCACAAUGAAUUUUAUCAUCCCAAAAAUGUCUACGAGAAAACUUUCUUGCCAACUUUUGCACUUUCUUGGAAUUUUUCAUGAUUUCCCCCGCCCCCCCUUCCUUCUUCUUGCCUCUGUUGAAAAUUUUCCUGUGCAAAAAAUGUCCAGUCAUCUCCUAGUUGCUGAAGAGUCCAGCGAUGUCAUUUUGGUGUGUUUCAGAGCUGAGGAUUUUAUCAAAGCAGACGGCGAUGAAGAUCUCCAAAAGCAAUAGAGGGAAGGUCUUGUUGAUCUUGGGGAGACCUUUUUGGCUCACUGGAACCACCCCUUCCCCUGGGGAUGAACUGAAUGGUGAUGCAUGUGUCAAUCAAUGGGGAGAUGUGCAUUCUGUAGCUGUAGUUCUUAAGGUUUCAGGUUUUGGUCUGGCUUGGUUUUUUAAUGUUGUUUCCUUUCCUUGCAGCCAGUCUUCUCCAACCGUGUUGUCUUUGGUUGUUUUGGGCUACAACUUCCAGAAUUUCUACUUGGUGGGAGAAUCUUGGUUUGAAUAAAGCCUGCUGGCUCCUUUUUUCGGUGUUACGUCAUGGGAGAUUUCAAAUGUAGCAAAUUUGAGCUGUGGGCUGGAGGGGAAUGGGCUAAAUUGGACAAGAAGCUCUUGGUGCUUAUAGAAAAAUCAAACGUGGUUCUUUCCCUAGGUCUUCUGCCUUUUUUUUUUCCUGAGCACUUUUAUUCCAAAGAGGCUCUGAAAAGCUUUUGCUCUGUAACAGAGAGUCUUGCUUACUUCUGUGACUUCUGGACAUUUUAAGAAGGGCAUCCAAGGAGACUUCCAAAUCAGAUGCAAAAGAUGUUUCAUGUGUCUAUGAUCCAGAAAAGUCUUUUUUUCCUACACCCCUAAUAUCAAAAAUCUUUGUCUGUGUGAUGGGGAAAGGGCACGGCUGUUCUUACCUGACCUCCAAUCAAGUGUUCCCACUCCCGCCAAGAAAACUACCUUUGUUGAUAAUGCUGUGGGUCUUUUUCCCCUUCUUGCUCAGCAGCAAGGCGGUUGCUCUGUUUUCAUUUUGGUAAAACGGAGUCCAGAGGGCAUUGUAUCAAUACUGUUUCAACUGCAAGGUUUUUUCCCUUGUGCAAAUUGAGGAAAGAUCAUACGUGAAUAUCAUUUAAGGGUUUCCUUAGACCUUGCUAUUGACACUUUCGUGAUAUUUCUACGUCUAGAGCCUGGACCUUGUACGUAAAACUCGUUUGCAUAUGUUCAUUUUUGACUUCUGAUGUAUUUUUCUUUUUGUUUGUUUCUAUAUUGUUAGACUUGUAACGUUAUAAAUUGUAUUUUAUUAAAUUGGACUGGAUGUAUGUCUAUAGCAAUACGAGGUACUUUUUCUUUAAAAAAAAAAAACUCUGGGGUGGGUGGGUUAACAGUACCUCCCUCCCCCAUUGCGAUAUGCUGGCUGUGUAUAAUUGCAAUGUUUUUUUUCUUUUUUAGCCUGCAGGGAUUUUGUGUUCAUGUGUCCAAAAAAAAUAAAAUAAAGGCAUUUGUUGCCAAAUGUUUUUUCUUC